CGCCGUGAGACGCCGAUCUCGUCACAUUUGGUGCCAGAUUGAAGGGAUGUCAACCAUUGCGCUCAGUAUUUAACCCGCUGCAGCGAGACUGGCAGGUGUUGCAGCCCGGCCCGGCUCAGCUCACAACGCCAGGACCCCCUAUCCUAGACCAGACCGGCCCGGCUCAGCUUACAACGCCAGGACACCCUCUCCCGACCCCAGCCCAGCCCGGACCCCUGUCCUGUCCUGUCCCGGCGCGAAGUUGUGUGUCGGCUGCUGCCCAGGAGUUGGCGCGGUUCGUGGGGACGAUGGAGACAACGUACUCGCUGACAGCCCAUUACGAUGAGUUUCAGGAGGUGAAGUACGUGAACAGGUUGAGCUCGGGGACGCUACACAGCGGCCUGAACCUGCAGCUGGGUCCGCGGAGACCGGAGCGGGGCGGGCAGCGCGGCGGUGGCGGUGGCGGCGGCUGGAAGCGGCGGGAGGUGUGCCUGCUGUCGGCGCUGGUGUUUGCGGCGGGACUGUGCGUUAUCCUGGGCAGUAUGUUGCUGCUCAAGUACCUGUGGCCUGCGUCCGACGCCGGUUGCCGGGAGGAAGGCGGGCGCCGCAGGGGCUUCGCCAAGGCGGCGCGGCUCAUCGCCAGCAACAUCGACGCCAGCAUCGACCCGUGCCGCGACUUCUACAGCUUCUCGUGCGGCGGCUGGCUGAGCAGGCACGCCAUCCCUGAGGACACCCUGAGCUACGGCACGGUCACCGCCAUCGCCCAUAACAACCGCCAAAAACUACAGCGGCUCCUCACACAACCUGUGCGCCGGCCCCACCGCCGCUCCGCCGAGAGGAAGGUGAAGCAGUUCUACCGCUCCUGCACCGACCUGGGCGAGAUCGAGCGGCUGGGAGCCGGGCCUCUGCUGCACAUUAUCGGCCAGUGCGGCGGCUGGGACGGCGCUGACGGCCGCUUCCGUGAACUGCUCUACAGAAGCCAGGCUCUGUACAGCACCGCCGCCUUCUUCUCACUCAGUGUCAACGUGGACGACAGCAACUCUUCGCGGAACGUGAUCAGAAUUGAUCAAGAUGGACUCACUCUGCCAGAGCGUACACUUUAUUUUGGUGAGGAUGAAGAAAGUGAAAAGAUUUUAAUUGCAUAUAAAGACCUGAUGGAGAAAUUAAUAAGUCUUCUUGGAGGAGAGAAUGCCAAAAAGAAGACGGAAGAGAUAUUACAGUUUGAAAUACAGUUAGCAAAUAUAACAAUGUCUGAGUCUGAUUCUGUGAGAAGAGACAUCAACAGCGUGUACAACAAGGUGACCAUCAGGGAGUUGCAGCGGACAGCCCCCGCCGUUCAAUGGAAGUAUUUACUGGACCGAAUAUUUCACGAUAAUCUUUCAGAGGAUGAAGAAAUUGUCGUAUUUGCCACUGACUACAUGCAGAAAGUUUCAGAACUCAUAUCGAAGACUUCUCCAAGGGUGCUGCAUAAUUAUAUGAUUUGGCGUAUCGUGGUUGCCCUGAGUGAGCAUCUGUCCACACCGUUCAGAGAUGCAAUUCAUAACUUCUCAAAAGAAUUGGAUGGUACCGAGAAUCAGCUUGAUCUGGGUAAGAUGUGCUUGGACCAAGCCAACAAGCAGUUUGGAAUGGCGCUGGGAGCUCUUUUUGUUGAGGAAUACUUUUCAUCUUCCAGCAAAAUGAAAGUUCAACAACUGGUUGAAGACAUUAAACAUGCAUUUGAUCAUCGGCUAGAUGAAUUAGAUUGGAUGGAUGAAGAGACAAAAGAAGCAGCAAGAGCAAAGCUGCGGUAUAUGAUGGUUAUGAUAGGCUACCCAGACUUCCUGCUCGUUACUAAUGCUGUUGAUAGUGAGUAUGGUUUUGAAGUGCAUGAGAAAACCUAUUUUAAAAAUGUGCUUAACAGCAUAAAGUACAACAUCCAACUCUCAGUAAGAAAAGUCCGGCAGCGAGUGGACAAAACUGCAUGGCUGCUUCCUCCUCAAACUCUAAAUGCUUAUUACUUGUCGACACAAAAUCAAAUGGUAUUUCCAGCUGGGAUUUUGCAGCCUCCGCUUUAUGAUCCUGAAUUUCCUCAGUCCCUUAACUAUGGAGGUAUUGGGACUAUCAUUGGGCAUGAGCUGACCCACGGCUAUGAUGACUGGGGUAGUCAUUAUGAUAAAUAUGGCAAUCUGAAAAAAUGGUGGACAGAAGAAUCGUACGAGAGAUUUAUAAAACGAGCACUUUGCAUUGCCAAUCUCUAUGAAAGCUUUACUGUCUAUGACCAAAGGGUCAAUGGCCAACUCACACUUGGAGAAAACAUCGCUGACAUGGGAGGCCUUAGACUUGCCUACUAUGCUUAUCAGAAAUGGAUUCGAGAUCAUGGUCCUGAACGCCCUCUUCCAGGCCUUAAAUACAACCACAACCAACUUCUCUUUAUUGCAUUUGCUCAGAAUUGGUGCAUUAAGAGGCGAUCACCAUCCAUCUACCUACAGCUACUCACUGACAAACAUGCCCCAGAACAAUACAGGGUUAUUGGAAGUGUUUCCCAACUUGAUGAAUUUGGAAGAGUGUUCCAUUGUCCGAAAGGAGCCCCAAUGAACCCCAUUGAAAAGUGUUCAGUGUGGUGAUUUCAAAUUUGCAUACUUUGAAAUACACAGUUUUUUUUAAGUGUCCAAUAAAAUGUGGUUGGUUCUUUUUAUUGUCUUGAUUGCAUUUUUAAUUUCUAAAAUAAAAACACAUGAAUUCUAGCUAUUAAGAAAAACAGAAUACUUCCAUUAAUUACUUGCUAAGAAAAUCUUUGUGUAAGCAGUUCUUCUGUUCAAAUAAUAUAUUUUGUUUCACCAUGCCUUGUAAUAAGUCAUUCACAGUUCUAAGAAAUCAAUAUGCUUUUUUUCCAUAAUUGCACUGUUCAUGUUGCCAUAGCAAAAUCCUAUUUCAAUGUAUAUCAACCAUUACAAAUCAACCAAGAGGCUUAAAUUGGUUGAUUAUUUGUACAAUCUACUAUAUACCUGUAAAUAAAAAUGUCAAAAAGAAAAUCAA